AUGUUGCAUACGGUGUUACUGGUUCUAGUUUUUCUUCCAUGUCUAGAACUGAAGAUACAAUAUUUACCAAUAGUUGAACAAGAAAAUAUUAAAUUUGAAGAAUAUCUAAAGCAACAAGAUUUUACUUCGGUGAAUGUCAAAAAUUGCAUUGCCGUGGUACAUUCGAACAUCUCUCAAGCAAAAGACAUAAUAAACAAUUGGCAAAUAACCGAAAAAAUGGCAAUACAAGUAUUGAAUGCACCAAUAAUUUAUUUUACAAAAGAUAAUACAAUAUAUGAACACACAAUUUUAUUGGUGAGAAAUUUAAAAGAAAUUCUUAAUUUAGCAAAUUUAUUUCUGAAUCAAUCCACUGUCUGGUAUAGCGAUCCAAAAUAUCAUGUUUUGCUAUUAAAAACUAAGAAUAUGAACAACUCAGCUAAAGAACUAGACUUCUUAUGGGAAAAUCAUAGGAUUUUAAACUUUGUUUUAGUAUUUGUAAACGAAUCUAAAAAUUUACAGAAAAUCUAUUACAAUGUUUUCAACAAAAAGCUCUCAAAAAUUCCUCAAAAUACUAACAAAAUUAUAGACAUGAAAGGAUACAAAAUCCGAACCCCAAUGGAUCGUUCCUCAAAAGCGAACGCUAUUUAUGAAAAUGGAAAAUGCAUAGCAGGAAGAGUUUGCAACUUGAUGAAUCCAUUUUUGAAAUUUUUCAAUGCCGACAUAGAGUUAGUAAUUCCUCAAGGAAAUGCAAAAAUGACCUACACUGACAUUAGAAAAUACAUAUCCAGCAAAAAAGUGGACAUAAGUUUCACCGAAUUUUUUUUUAGAAUCGAAUUCACAAUAUACGCACCAUACUCAAUUAACCCAUUUUUGAUAGUUGGCCUAGUACCUAAAGCGCCAGUUUUACCUCCAUCAGUAACCUUAUUUUACAUUUUUCACAUUUAUGUUUGGAUUUUAAUUAUAAUUUUUAAAAUAUUUUUUAUAUACUUCUUCCACAUUUUUCCAAUAAUUAAAUUGAAACGAGCACUUAAACUCUUGUUAUUAUGCAGCUACGUUUACUCGAUUAUAUUCCAAAAUACUUUUCAAGGUGCUGUUAUUACAGCUUUGACCACUCCUAAAUUUUUCAAAGAUGUUAACACUGUAGACGAAUUGGCUGCUAGCGGAUUGAAAGUAUAUGUACCGGAUGAUUGGCAAGAGUUUGUAGCUAAGAAAUUGGAAAUAACUCAUUUGAAUUUUAAAGUUAUCGGAUUUCUCAUUUGGACCUUAAAGGAAACUCAAGCAUGCUAUGUAGUCACUGACUGGUGGGGGGAAAAUUUACUUUUAAAUAAAACCAAACAAGGGGAAUAUUAUUCAAAAUAUUACCAUUUAACAAAAGAUGCAUUAGGUGCUGGUAGAAUCACUUAUCUGUUAGCCAGAAAUUCACCUUUCAAGAAAUACUUUAAUACAUUUUUAUUUCUAAUGAACGAUUUUGGUUUGUUUUUACCAUUCGCAAAACAAAAGUAUCAAUAUAAAAAUGAGGGUGCUGCGAGUACCACAUUGAAUUUGGAACAUCUUUAUGGAGCAUUUUUAUUGUUGAUUUGCGGCCUUUGUUUCAGUAUGUUGGUGUUCUGGUUCGAAAUAAUUUCCAAUAAAAAAUAUUUGGAAAGAAAAAAUAAAAUGAAUGAAAAUACUAAUGUAGGUACUUGA